AUGACGCAACUCAAGUAUCCCAGUAAGUGUAUUUCUAAGUGGAUCAAACAACUCAUCAUUUUGAUGUUCCUUUCUUCCGGAGGAUUUACCCAGUACAAAUUAUAUGUGGUCAUUUCACGGUUUUUCUCUCCAUCAAUAACAAUGGAUUACGAAGCAUAUAAUUCGGUAGCAGAAGUUAAUGAUUUAACAAUUGGAAACCAUUCGAACGAAAAAUCGCAUAACAAACUAAACUUCUACGAGGCCUUACAUCAUAAUAAUGGUGAUAUAUCAACCUAUGAUGACUUGAAAUUCAGCCAGAGUACCACCACACAAGGAAAGCAUCAUUCUAAAAAACAGUAUACUAUAUGGUUUCUUGUUGGUCUUUGUUUUGGAAGUGUAUUGUCUGGUGUUAUAGUCUAUUUCGCUACAGGGAUUAAUGACCAGCGUAUUUCUACAGAUGAAAAUCAUGAUGCAGCUCCUCCUGGGAGUCGAAGUAAUAGUUCGAUUGGAUACAGUCAUAUACAUGGAUUUAAAAGUAGUAUAAAGUUAUACAAAAUUCCAAGGUCUUGGGAGGAAGCACAACAACAAUGUGUAAAAGAUGGUGGAGGCUUAAUUGUUUUAAAUACUAAAACCAAAGAUAAAGCGUUUUUAGCGUAUGUCAGAUUAAUAUACGGUACAUCAGAGUGGUGGAUUGGUGCCAUUGACAGAGAAAUAGAAGGAACAUUUCAAUGGGUUACAGGCGACGUUAUGUCGUAUAAUAAUUGGGGUGUGGCGGAGCCAGAUAACAUGACAAAGAAAUUAACCAAUGCAGAUUGUGUCGUCUACUUAAUUAAUACAAAAUAUGGAAAUUGGUAUGAUCGUGUUUGUCGGUUUAAAGUGCCCUUUGUAUGUGAAAAGAAGGCAUCAGAGUAACAACUAUAGUAAAAACACUGUUUGAUAAGCUUUAAAAUAUAUUAUUACACCUCA